AUGGAUGUCUGCUUGAUGAUUUGCUGUCACAAGACAACAAUCUUCACUAAGGCUGAAGAGGCAACUGCGCAUGAGUUGAAAAAGGUGGUGGAGGGAACAACGAAGAGGCUGCCAAAGGAACAGUGGCUCUACAAAGAUGACCAACUGCUGGAUGAUGAUCAUAGGACUUUGCUAGACUGUAGCUUAAGCAGCUAAAGCUGUCAUCCUCAUGUUCCUGCCAUGGUGGGCUUGGCUUUAUUCAGACCUGGCAAUGACACCUUUGAACAACUGCAUAUUGAUCCCUCCUCAAACACCUUGAAGCUACCUGUUGUUAUGCAGUUACAGGAGUCUGGUAGCAGCUCUAGCAAGGAAGCCUUGUGUUAA